GAGUGGGCUUCUUACAAACUUGGAAUAUUCAUUUGUUUGAAUUGCUCUGGAAUCCAUCGCAAUCUUCCUCAAAUCAGCAGGGUCAAAUCCCUUCGGCUUGACUUCUGGGAGAACGAUCUUUUAGAGUUUAUGAAGAAGCAUGGGAAUCUCUGUGCCAAAGCUAAAUAUGAGGCUAAAGUCCCUGCCUACUAUUACAUCCCUCAGUCCUGUGAUUGCAUGGUUUUAAGAGAGCAAUGGAUUAGAGCUAAAUAUGAGCGUGAGGAAUUUGUUGCCACCCGAGUCUGCCAAGAUCCUUGUUCUGCAGGUAGCCGUGAAGGAUUUCUCUGGAAGCGUGGGCGGGAAAGCAGACAGUUCCAGAAGAGGCGAUUUCUCCUAUCAGCAAGGGAAGGGGUGAUGAAGUACUACACCAAAGAAUCCAGAGGUCCGAAAGCCAUUAUCAGCAUUGAGAAUCUGAAUGCAAUGUUCCAGACAGAGAAAAUCCAACAUGCUCAUGGGCUGCAGAUCACAUACAACACAGAUGGUCAAACAAGGAACCUUUUUGUCUAUCACGAAAGCGGAAAGGAGAUUGUUGAAUGGUUCAAUGCCAUUCGGGCAGCACGUUACCAUUAUCUCAGAACAACCUUCCCAACUGUCCCAGAGCCUGAGCUCAUACCCAGGAUCACAAGAAAUUAUGUCAAAGAAGGAUAUAUGGAGAAAACAGGACCAAAACAGAAGGAGGCCUUUAAGGAGCGCUGGUUCUGCCUGGAUUCUCAAGAAAGGAACCUGAUGUAUUUUAAAAAACCGCUGGAUGCGUUUGCACAAGGCCAGGUUUUUAUUGGAAGGAUGGAUGAAGGAUAUGAAGUACGAGCUGGCUUGCCCCAGGGAGUCCAUGUGAAGAAGGGGAAACCAGCGAUCACUGUGGUCACACCAAUGAGAGAGUUUGUGUUUAUAUGUGAGAACGAUAGGGAGCAGAGGGAGUGGAUAGACGCCAUAAACAGAGUCAUUGCCAAGCCUUUGACUGGUGAAGAUUAGCACUGAGUUCUGAUGAACUGUACUUCUUGGGCUCUGUUCAGCGCUGCUCUGUGGCCUCUUUCUGUUGGCAAGGAUGGCACUUGAGGCCCUGCAGUGACUCUACUACAAAGGGCUUCUUCCUUCAACAGCCACGGGCACAGGAAGGGUGCCAACAGAGAAAUAAGAGG